CAUAAUGGUACAGUGGCCGCCGGGAAACCCGGAAGAGCUGGAAGUGCGUUCAGUUUGCCGUAAAAGAAAUGCCUUUUCGUAUCGUUACCAAAGAAGCGCUGGUGGGCUCAGUCACACUAGGCGUCAUUUUUGUCGCCGGUUAUUUUAUCGGAAAAAAGAAAUCCUCCAGAAUGAGCAUUUCCAAAAGCCACUGCGAGGGAAAAAACAAUCCACUGUUACAGUAUGUCCUCAGUCACUCCAUGAGGGAACAUCCGGUCCUGAAAAAACUCAAAAUGAGGACAAUGGAAGACUCCUGGAACGGGAUGAUGGUUUCCUCUGAAGAGUCACAGUUCCUGACCAAUUUGGCCAAACUAAUCAAAACCAAGAAAGCAAUAGAGAUCGGUGUUUACACAGGCUACAACACACUGAACAUGGCUCUGGCCUUGCCUGAUGAUGGAGUUGUGGUAGCAUGCGAUGUCAGUGAAGAGUACACCAACAUCGGCAAACCCUUCUGGAAAGAGGCUGGAGUUGAGAACAAAAUCGAUCUACGCAUUCAGCCAGCACUGAAAACAUUAGAUGAUCUCCUGUCUUCUGGUCAGGCAGAAACAUUUGACUUUAUCUUCAUUGACGCAGACAAAGUUAACUAUGACAACUACUACGAGAAGUCUCUGCAGCUGCUGAGAAAAGGAGGUGUCAUUGCUAUUGACAAUGUGCUGUGGGGUGGGAAGGUGCUGAAUCCGUCCCCAGAUGAUGCCGACACUGUGGCCAUUGACAAGCUGAACAAGAAGCUAUACAGAGAUGCACGAGUUAAUCUGAGCAUGCUCACAGUGGGAGAUGGAGUCACCCUGGCUAUCAAACUAUAGUGCAUGUCAGAGAUGUGCAACAAUUUAUACACUUUAAGAAAACAAUGAGUUCCUACCACUGUGCACUACUUUAAUUAUACAAUAAAGGGGUUUGAUUUAAAAUUUUGCAUCAAAUUAGAGGCAAGAAUAAAGGUUGAUUUCAGGACUUUAUUGUAAAGGUAGACACACACCAACACACAAACAGCUCCCUGAUUAGUGUCACAGUCCUCAAAGGGGAAGUAAGGUGGAUAAUUCACUCAAUCUGUCACUCAAGCCACAGUGAGGAAAAUAAAAAUGCAUAGCAUUGUCUUGCAACUUAGAAGCAGCUAUUAUAGGUAACAGGUCCUAAACUCUUCACUCAGCAUAAUCAAGCCUCUCUAGGAAAGCAAGUGAAGAGCAGUCAAGAGGCUGGCUUCAGUCUUCAUAGCAUAUUGAAGUAACCCUUCCACAGGCAGCACAGUACUACAAUAUACAAAUAAAAUCUGCAAAUAAAACAAAGGAGGAGGAGCUUAAAUAAGAGUAAAGUUUAAUGUGCAAAAUAACACCUCGGGUUUACAUUCUACUUUAGCAAAGUAACAAGUUUCGCUUUUGGAACCAUUCUUGGAUUGUCAAACUUUAGGAAAAAAAAAAAAAAGCCCACAUUUAACACCGAGUGGAGGGUUUUUCUAUCAUUACUUGGGGGCAAAUU